AUGCUAAACACUCUAAUAAACCACCUAAUUAACCCCCUAGCCUACAUCGUACCCGUUCUAUUAGCAGUAGCUUUUCUAACCCUAAUUGAACGUAAAGUACUAGGAUAUAUACAAUUACGAAAAGGACCAAAUGUAGUAGGACCAUACGGACUUUUACAACCCAUUGCCGACGGAGUAAAAUUAUUUAUUAAAGAACCAGUCCGCCCCUCUACAUCCUCUCCAUUUUUAUUCUUAGCUACUCCUAUCCUUGCACUAACCCUGGCAAUAACACUAUGAGCGCCCAUACCUAUACCUUACCCAGUAAUUGACCUCAACUUAGGAGUUCUAUUUAUCUUAGCCCUAUCAAGCCUCGCAGUAUAUUCUAUUCUUGGAUCAGGGUGAGCAUCAAAUUCAAAAUACGCAUUAAUUGGGGCCUUACGGGCAGUAGCUCAAACAAUUUCAUAUGAAGUAAGCCUUGGACUAAUUCUUCUAUCAGUAAUUAUUUUCUCAGGAGGAUAUACUCUACAAACAUUCAGCACAGCCCAAGAAAGCAUUUGAUUAUUAGCCCCCGCCUGACCAUUAGCUGCAAUAUGAUAUAUUUCAACCUUAGCAGAAACAAAUCGAGCACCCUUUGACCUAACAGAAGGAGAGUCAGAAUUAGUUUCAGGCUUCAACGUAGAAUAUGCAGGAGGGCCCUUCGCCCUGUUUUUUCUAGCCGAAUAUGCAAAUAUCCUACUAAUAAAUACCUUUUCAGCUGUUUUAUUCCUAGGAACAUCACAUAUUCACCAUAUUCCAGAACUAACAACAAUUAGCCUCAUAACCAAAGCUGCAUUAUUAUCUAUUGUAUUCUUAUGAGUACGAGCCUCAUAUCCGCGAUUCCGAUAUGACCAACUCAUACAUCUCGUAUGGAAAAAUUUCCUUCCCCUAACACUAGCCCUAGUACUAUGACACAUUGCCCUACCAAUUGCGCUAGCAGGCCUUCCCCCACAACUAUAA